AUGAAUCCUCACCAGCCAGCGUCGCCGACGAGGCCUUACCAGAGCUACCAGCUCGAGGACAGCCCGUUCCAGCACCCGGCGCAGCAGCCGUUGUCGCAUAUCGAGAUGCCCUCGACAGACCGGCUGCAGUUCCAGCCUACAUACUCGGUUGAGAAUAUACAGAAUUCGUACGGCCAUAAUGAAGCAUAUGAGCAGCAGCAUCCAUACAGACAUACCCCCAGACCAAGCCCCGGACCGCUCCAGGACUAUACGCUCUCUCCAGAAGCUCACCACGACGCCUACUACACACAGCCGUACGAGCCCACGGCUACACCUACAGACGACUACGACCGGCCUCACACAAACUACCCUCCGCGGCCAUACCAGGACGACCAUGGCCCGCUGCUGCACCAUGAGCCCUCAUACACGCCCAGCAAUUACGACCUCUCGCACACACCCCAUCCAGACACUGAUGGCUAUACAGACGACCCGGGCAUGGCCACGACCAUAGCACCGACCCCGAGCCCGGCGCCGCUCAGGCGGUGGAAGACCGUCCGCGAGGUCCAGCUGUUCAACGGCAACCUCGUCCUCGACUGUCCCAUCCCGCCUAAGCUGCUCAGCCAGAUAAACCACGCCGAACCGCCAGAGCGAGACGAGUUCACCCACAUGCGCUACUCGGCUGCAACCUGCGACCCUUCGGACUUCUACAACGAACGCUUCACCUUGCGGCAGCGCCUGUUCGCCAAACCGCGGCACACCGAGCUCUUCAUCGUCGUGACCAUGUACAACGAGGACGAGUUCCUGUUCGCCCGCACCAUGGCCGGUGUCUUCAAGAAUAUAGAGUACAUGUGUUCUCGCUCUAGUAGUAAGACAUGGGGCAAGGAGGCGUGGAAGAAGAUCGUAGUGUGUAUCGUCUCCGACGGCCGUGCAAAGAUCAACCAGCGGACAAAGGCUGUCCUCGCCGGAUUGGGCGUCUACCAGGACGGAAUCGCUAAACAGCAGGUCAACGGUAAGGAUGUCACCGCCCAUAUCUACGAGUACACCACCCAGAUCGGCAUGGAGGUCAAGGGCACUCAGGUCAUCCUCAAGCCUAAGCCGGGAAUGCCCGUGCAGCUGCUCUUCUGUCUCAAGGAGAAGAAUCAGAAGAAGAUCAACUCCCAUCGAUGGUUCUUCCAGGCCUUUGGCCGCGUACUGGAUCCCAACAUCUGCGUCCUCCUCGACGCGGGCACGAAACCCGGGAAGCAGAGUAUAUACCAGCUCUGGCGCGCCUUUGACCUUGAGCCCAUGUGCGGUGGUGCCUGCGGUGAGAUCAAAGUCAUGUUGUCCCACGGCAAGAAACUGCUCAACCCGCUCGUUGCAACGCAGAAUUUCGAAUACAAGAUGUCCAAUAUCCUUGAUAAACCGCUAGAGUCCGCGUUUGGCUUUAUUUCUGUUCUUCCCGGCGCCUUCUCGGCUUACCGUUACGUUGCUCUCCAGAACGAUAAGAACGGACAGGGACCGUUGGAGAAGUAUUUUGCCGGUGAGAAGAUGCACGGCGCGAACGCUGGCGUGUUUACGGCAAACAUGUACCUCGCUGAAGACAGAAUCUUGUGUUUCGAACUCGUUACCAAGCGCAACUGUAAAUGGAUAUUACAAUACGUCAAGAGUGCGACGGGUGAGACCGAUGUGCCGGAUCGUAUGCCGGAGUUUAUCCUGCAGAGACGACGCUGGUUGAACGGCAGUUUCUUCGCAGCCGUUUACGCUAUAUUGCACUUCUACCAAGUCGGCAGGAGUAAUCACUCGUUCACACGGAAGCUCAUGCUCAUUAUUGAGUUUAUCUAUCAGACUAUCAACUUACUAUUUGCCUGGUUUGCCAUCGGUAACUUCUUCUUGGUUUUCCGCAUCCUCACUGCUUCCCUAGGGACACCGGACCUCCUAGGUAGAGCAGGCAGUAUCCUCGGCGUUAUAUUCGAAUGGCUCUACCUAGCGACCUUGGUGACGUGCUUCGUUCUAGCUCUCGGUAACAGGCCGCAGGGUUCGAAUAAAUUCUACAUGACCAUGGUCGGUUUCUGGUGCAUGAUCAUGAUAUACCUUACUUUUGCCGCUGUCUUUGUCACAGUCAAAUCGAUACAGCAUGAAGUCCAGGGCGGCCACUUUACAUUCGCUACCCUAUUUCAGAACCUGCAGUUCUUCUCCAUCUUCGUCUCGCUGCUGACGACUUAUGUCUUCUGGUUUUUGGCUUCCAUCUUGUUCUUCGACCCAUGGCAUAUGUUCACUUGCUUCCUGCAAUACCUCCUCCUAACACCCACGUACAUCAACGUCCUCAACAUCUACGCCUUCUGCAACACCCACGACAUCACCUGGGGAACCAAGGGAGACGACAAACCCGAAAAACUGCCUUCAGCCAACCUCAAGCCAGGCGGAAAAGUCGAUGUCGAAAUCCCCCAGGACGACGGAGAUCUCAACGCCCAGUAUGAAGCCGAGCUUGCCAAGUUCGCCUCAAAGCCACCCAAGGAAACCCGCGUUGUCUCGGAAUCUGAGAAACAAGAGGAUUAUUACAAGGGUUUCCGAAGUGCCGUUGUUCUUGCUUGGAUCUUCUGCAACUUUGCCCUCGGCGCUAUCGUGCUGAGUGCCGCCGGCUUAGAGAGGGUCAAUCCUAACACUAAGGAUAAUUCCCAGCAGAGGAGUAUCAUCUACAUGGCCGUCGUGCUGUGGAGUGUUGCUGGCCUGUCAUUGUUCAGAUUCAUCGGCGCAAUGUGGUUUUUGGUCGUUAGAAUGUUCCGCGGAGUGUAA